CAGAUCCUGCUUGUAUUGCGUGGUAUAACUCAGUCAGUCCUGUAUCGCGCAUUGAUAACGAGGCUUCUCUCCACGGAUCGUCAUCCACCGCGUGGUUAUUACUGUGUCGCGUCUCUUUGAGUCCUGACUCGAAUCCUCAAUCCUUAAGGACCAUCUUGCAAGUCCCCACAUCACGAUCGAUAUCAUAUAUUCUAGUCAGAAGAAGCACUUUGAGAACGAUGGAGCAAGCCCAGCAGACUUCUGGACAGCAGCAGGGGAGGCAGCAGCCCGUGUACGACACGAGACAAGGUGGACACUAUGGUGCCAGCGCCGCGCUGGCCGCACAAGGAUUCGCCCCGGUUGCUGAGCUGUAUACUGGUACCUGGGCAAAUGUCAACCAGGGCUUGCAGGGAACAGCCCGUGACAUCUUGACGACGUAUUGGCAACACGUAAUCAAUCACCUCGAAUCCGAUAACCAUGAUUAUAAAAUCCACCAACUCCCCCUAGCCCGCAUCAAGAAGGUCAUGAAGGCUGAUCCGGAAGUUAAAAUGAUAUCCGCAGAAGCUCCGAUUUUGUUUGCUAAGGGCUGUGAUGUUUUUAUUACCGAGCUGACUAUGCGGGCAUGGAUUCAUGCCGAAGACAACAAACGGAGAACACUUCAGAGAUCAGACAUUGCAGCAGCGUUGUCAAAGUCUGACAUGUUCGAUUUUCUCAUCGAUAUUGUUCCCCGUGAGGAAGCCACGUCGCAUGCAAAGCGCUCGAGUCAGUCAGCGGGUGCGCCAGCUGGGCCUGGAGGACCUACCGCUGCGGGCCAGUUGCCACAAACUCAGCACGGGGUUCAGCAUCAUCCCCAUCAUAUGGCGCCGCCAGAUUAUGGUGCGUUAGGACAGCAUCCUCUUCAAGACCAGGAAUACAGGCAGCAAACUAUGUAUGGAGGAGCAGUACAGUCAGACCCAACAGCGGCGUAUGCCCAGCCUCAAACUCAAAUGUUUGAAGGAAUGUAUACUGCUUACCCUCAUUUACCCCCGCAGCAGUGACUUAUUAGCGAAUGAUCGAUCGUCUCUCCGCAGCCGGGCGGUUUCUUUGUUUCAGAUUGUCCACCGGGCGACUGCACCAGCUAUGCUUUAAGAGUAUCGAGACUACGUUUUAAAUACCCAUUUUGAUUAUUUACUUCUUUGCGU